AUGGCUCCAUUUUUCUGGGAAGAUGAAGGCAAGAAAUACGGGAAAGCGGCCGGGGAUCCGAACACAUACACGGCCGGCGUGAUAGGCGAGCACAAUGUCGUGCUAGCCUACAUGCCGGGCAUGGGGACCACCAGUGCCGCGGCGGUGGCAGGAGCCAUGCGAGUGAGCUUCUCCAACAUCAAGCUGGCUCUGGUGGUCGGGAUAUGUGGCGGCAUGCAUGGGCAGGAGAUUGUGCUGGGCGAUGUGAUCAUCAGCCAAGCUCUCAUCCAAUAUGACUUUGGGAGGCAAUAUCCUGAAGGCUUUAAGAGGAAGACUGGUGUGCAAGAAACUCUGGGCCGACCCAGUCCGGAAAUCCGAGGCAUCCAGGCCAACUAG